AUGUGCAAGAUCCAGAACAAAAUAGCCAAGGCCGGCGAAAAGCACGAGAUCAGCGUUCGUAUCCAGAAUCCAGUAAGGAUUGACGUUAAGCAGACCAUUACCAUCAAGACCACAUUCAGGUGUGCACGCACCAUCCGUGCACAGAGCAACGUCUACAACUCCGAACUGCCUCCAGAAACACCCGUCGACCCCAAACCUCAACGGAUCCGCAUGUAUUACACUCGCAUUGAAGGCACGGACCACGAUGGCAACCCUCUGAUCACCGAGGGAAAAUGGAGGCUUGAGUCGCUAGAGCGAUUCUCCAAGAAAGAAAAUUCCCUUGAGAGCGAUUCCGGAGUGGAUCUCGAUGAGCUUUUUGAGACCGAUCUUGAUGAUUCAUCAUCUUCGUGCGCAAAACCAUGA